UUUACUCGUCGAAAAUAGGAAAAAGGCAUCCAGGCCCCAACCGGACCGCCUUCCACGGCUGUCUGGUCUUAUGGGACCCGGACGCAGACCCGACCGAACAGAUGGUAGGCGCCCGGCCGCCCUGGCAGUGGUGCUUCUCCCUCCUCCAGCGCUGCUCUGACGAGCGGCAGCUCCGCGCCGCCCACGCCUUCCUCCUCACCCACGGUCCCCUCCGGCACCCCUCCGUCCUCGGCAGCCUCGUCCUUGCCUCUUGCUCCCUCCGCCCUCCGGCCCUCUUCCACGCCGCGCUCCUCCUUCGCCACCCCCCGGCCCCUCUCAACGCCUUCGCCUACAACGCCCUCAUCCGCGCCCACUCCCGCGGCCCCGACCCCGCCCGCGGCCUCGCCUUUUUCCGCCUUCUCCUCCGCUCCCCCUCCACCUCCCCCGACCACCACUCCUACCCCUUCGCCCUCGCCGCCUGCGCUGCGAUCCCCUCCAUCCCCGCCGGCGCCCAAAUUCACUCCAUGGUCUAUAAGAACGGGCUCGCCUCCGCUGACCACUACGUCCAGACCGCCCUCCUGCGCCUCUACGCCGGCCUCCCCGACGAAGCCAGGAAGCUGUUCGACGAAACCCCUCAGAGAGACCCCGUCCACUGGGACGUCCUCAUGAACGCGUACAUCCGCCAUGGCCUCCCCUCUGAUGCGCUGCGCCUCUUCCGGGACAUGCUGCUCGCUGGGAUCGAGCCCGACGAGUUCACUGUCACCACGGCUCUCACUGCUUGUGCUCAUUCCGGCACUUUCAGGGAGGGGGUUUGGAUUCAUAAGUACAUUGAGAAGAAGGACCCAUCUUUCUUGAAUGACACCUUCAUUGCAUCGUCUCUCGUGAGCAUGUAUGCCAAGUGCGGUUGCAUCGAGGAAGCUGUCAGGGUGUUCGACGCUGUGCCGGAGAAGAACACCCACAUGUGGGCUACGAUGAUUGGUGGGUUCGCAGUGCACGGGCUAGCAAAGGAGGCGAUCUGCUGCUUGGGCCGGAUGCUGGAGGACGGCGUGCAGCCGGAUGGCAUCGUGCUUCUUGGUUCCCUUGCGGCCUGUGCACAUGCUGGGCUUGUGGAGGAUGGCCUGCGGCUGCUGGCUGAAAUGGAAACAUGCUACGGUGUUAAGCCCGAGCAUGAGCACUACAGCUGUGCUGUUGACAUGCUGUGCAGGGUAGGCCGGUUAAAUGAUGCUUUGGGACUUAUUCAUGGGAUGCCAAUGAGGCCACGGGCUUCUGUGUGGGGAUCAUUGCUCACUGGUUGUAGGAUUUUUGGAAAUGUCGAGCUUGCAGAGCUAGCAGUUGCAGAGCUCCAGAGGAUCACGGAUGGUAAUGGAGAUGAUGAGGGUGUGUACGUCCAGUUGUCGAACAUAUAUCUCAGUGCCAACAGGAGGGAGGAGGCAAGCAAAGUUCGAAAGCUGAUAGGCAGUCGGGGAAUUAAGAAAUCGCCUGCUUGUAGUGUAAUUGAGGUGAAUGGUAAAGUUAGCUCAUUUGUUGCAGGCGAUCAAGCACACCCAUUGCGGCUAGAGAUUUGGAGGAUGUUGGAAAACUUGAUGGAGCACAUGAGCCACCACUCCAUGCUAGAGUUGGAGCAAGAAGAGAUUUCAUUGCUGCAAGUCACUGAAAGUGAAUGUUGAAGUCCUUUUCUGCUCAAAUGAAGGACUUCUUCUUAUAUGGCAUCCUAGAAUGAGUGAUUUGGUUGAUUUUCUUAAGAACAAAUUUGAAGAGGCUAGAGUUUCAUUCCCCCUAAAUACAUCAGAAUAGCUUUUGAUUCAAAAAUGAAGAGGCAGCGGAUCCAAAUUAUGCUACAUUUGGGGUUAUGCCCAUACAAGAAUCCUGCUAAUCUUUGUACCGGAUGAACCUUGUGGGGGAUUUAUCAGAGAAUUAUCUUCGUGGAGCUGAUGGACAUUCAGCCUGUCAUGCAUUAAGGUUUUGGCAGGAAAAUUGACUGUCCAAGAAACAAAGUAGCUACCUCAGCACUGGGGGUUGUAGAACAACUUACUAAAUUUUAUCUCUGGAAACUUGAGAUACUUGAAGUCGCUUCUCAGUCUCGAAUCAAAAUGAAUGUGUGAGCAGAAGAGAGUUCUUGCUGUUAAUGAAGGAACUGGAAAAACCAGUGCUCUGCCAAUUGAUGGUCAUGCACAUGAAUAUGUCAGCAGAAGAGUAAACUAUGUUCUUUGCUGCUAACCAAGGAAUCAGGAAACAAUCAGUGUUCUGCCAUUUGAGUCAUGCAUAUAAAUAUGUCAGCAGAAGUAUAAUUUAAACUUUUUGCUGCCAAUCAGUGCUUUGCAGUUUGGUGGCCAUGUGUAUAAAUAUGCCAUCCAAAUGUUAGUUAAAUUCUUGGCUGCUAAUCAGGGAAUCAUGAAAAAUUAAUCAGUUCUGUGUCAA